CCGGCGCCGGCGAGUGAGGGCGCUGUGUGACCCGCGCUGCUUAGUUCUGGCGUGGUUACCAACGCCAGCUCCCUACCCCGGCACUUCUGCGGCUCCUCUGAACUGGCUCCUGGGAGUGACUGAAUCCAGCCGGGGCUAGGAGCGGUGCUUGCAGUCUCUCAGGUACCUGAAUAUUGGGCUUGUGUCUGAAGUUCCUGGAACUUUUCUCACUGCCCUAUAUAACACACAAGUGCUUAGCUUAAGCCUGAGAAUUAUUGGAAUCCUCUGGGAAGACACAUUUGAACUGCAGUGGGAGUUCUAUGUGGAGGAUGCAGCCUUUGAACAAGUUGAUGGCUCUCUUAAAACCUCAAAACCUGGCUCCUCAUGAACAAAGUGAGGUCCUGAGAGCAGAUGUGUCUUGGCAGCAGGAAACCAUCCCAGUCAUGGAGACAGAUGACUGUGAAGCCUCUCGUCAAAAGUUCAGACAUUUCCAGUAUUUGGAAGUGUCUGGGCCUCAUGAAGCCCUGAGCCAACUCUGGGAGCUCUGUCUUCAGUGGCUGAGACCAGAAAUUCAUACAAAGAAGCAGAUCCUAGAGCUUUUGGUGCUGGAACAGUUCCUGACAAUUCUCCCUGAAGAAGUCAGGUAUUGGGUGAAUUUACAACAUCCAAAGAACAGUCGAGAAGUGGUGAGCCUCAUAGAGGAUGUGAUUGAUAUGCUUAAAGAUGAAGGUAAAACCUGCAAGGAUUCUGUCCUACUGCAGAAGGGGAGCAUCAAUAAAGAGAGGAUGGAAGCUGACUCGCUAACAGGCAAAUCCCAGGAACCAGGGACAUUCAAAGAUGUGGUUGUGGAAUUCAGCAAGGAAGAGUGGGGACAACUGGACCCGGCUGUAAAGAACCUGUACAGGAAUGUGAUGCUGGAGAACUAUAGGAACCUGAAUUCAUUGCAUAAAGAACAUCUACUUUCCAAACCAGUUGAGACCUCCAAGUUGGAGAGUGAGGAAAAAAGUUGGAUAAUGGAGCAAGAAGUUCUAAGAACAACUGUUUUUGACAGAGAGAUAAUUUCAGAAGAUCAGGAUUUAGUUCCAAAGCAGAGAAUUUCUGGAGAAGAAUCAUCCCAUGCAGUGAUUAUGACAAGACUGACCGAAAGUGGACCUCCUCCUUUAGAUGCCUGGAAAAGUGAUGAUUGGUUAUAUAGGAACCAGGAACACUGGGACAUAAAUUUGCCACAAGAAGCCUUCAUUCAUAAUACAGUCUACACUGAGGAAGGAGACUUUGAAUGUAGUGAAAAUAAGGAAAGCUUUAAUGUUAAGUCAGUUAACUCAAUUUUUGACACACAACAGGGAAUUCCUAUGAGAAAGGAUUCCCCAAAGUGUGAUCAGCUUAAAACUAACUUCGAAUUUAAUUUAGACUCAGUAGGUAAGCAACAUUCAGAAUAUAGCGGAUGUGAGAAUGCCUUGAGCCUGAGUACAGAUACUCAGCACCCAAAAAGUCAUGCCACAGUGAAUUCCUACGCAUGUUAUCAAUGUGGGAAGGCCUUCAGCCGCAGUUCGUCCCUCAUUCGACAUCAGAUCAUUCACACAGGAGAGAAACCCUAUAAAUGCAAUGAAUGUGGAAGAUUCUUCAACCGACGUACAAACCUUACGAAGCAUCAAAAAAUUCACACUGAAGCAAAGGCCUCUGAAGGCAGUAAAAAUGGAAAAGCCCUCAGUCAGCCUGAAGACAGUUAUAAAAAUCCAAGACUCCGUUCUGCAGAUAAUCCCUAUGAAUGUGUUCACUGUGGAAAAUCCUUCACCCGGAGCUCCUCACUUAUUCGACAUCAAGUGAUUCAUACAGGAGAGAAACCAUUCAGAUGUAAGGAAUGUGAGAAAACCUUCAACAGGAGUUCGAACCUGAUUAAACACCAAAAACUUCAUACUCGAGGGAAGUCCUAUGACAGGAAGAAUAUGGGAUUACCUUCAGUCAGAGUGCAGAACUCAUUCAAAGUCCAUGAAUUUAUUCUGGAAGGAAUCCUGUGA